UAURGUGUGCCAGUGUGAAUAAAAUACAUAAUAAUAUCAUCAUCAAACGCAUGCACAAUACAUAUAUCGUAAUUUUUAUUUAAAAGUAGUUUAAUAACUGUUCACCAAUAUUCUAUAUUAGUCGGUUGGAAAAACGAUAGUUCAACAUUCGUGGCACAUUAUUAUAAUUCAAGAACAGAAAGUAUCAAAAUGUUUCGCUCUAUCAACAAGUUAUCAACACAUUUGAACAACCGUUGCGUUAUGGGAACUCUGUCCAGAAGUAUUGUUGAAAAACGUUCGAGUAUGGAAGAAUAUUUCAAAGGCAAGAGCUUUAUAGUGACUGGAGCCAGUGCUGGUAUGGGAAAAGUGAUUACUGGAAGAUUGUUAGCGAUGGACGCACAUGUGUUCGCAAUCGGAAGGGAUAUAGAUACUCUACCGAGCAUUCCUGAUCUAAAAUUUACCAAAGUAAACGUGGAUAUUAGUGAUUGGGGUUCGACAUAUAGUAAGAUUUUAGAAAUGGGGCCCGUCCAUGGUUUAGUGAACAACGCUGGAGUGGCUCACAUUGAACCAUUUAUGGAGACGACACAACACGGAUGGGAUGAUACACUAAACAUAAAUUCCAGAGGAGUGGUAAGGGCAAGUCAAGCUGUAGCUAAAAAUAUGAUUGCUGVAAAAAUCAAAGGAUCAAUAGUCAAUAUAUCUUCAACCAUAUCUGAGAGAGCCAUACCAGAACAUGUUUCAUAUUGUGCAUCUAAAGGAGCAGUGAACCAAAUUACAAAGACAAUGGCUAUAGAAUUAGGACCGCUUGGCAUAAGGACAAACAAUGUUAAUCCUACUGUUGUAUUAACGAAUAUGGGAUUAAAAGCAUGGUCGGAUCCGAAAAAAUCAGAACCGAUUAUGAAGAGAAUACCAUUAGGGAGAUUUGCACAACCUAAUGAUAUUGCUGAUGCAGUGAUAUUUUUAUUGAGCGACUAUUCAGCAAUGAUAAAUGGUGUGAAUCUAUAUGUAGACGGCGGUUUUAUGACUGGAUAAGAAUUUCGAUACUUCCUUUGAUGU